AUGAGCUCACGGCGCGCCAGGCUGUCGCCGAGAAGUCAGCCCCAGCAAAGCUCAGCAAGAAGUUCCCGUGCUGGCACGCCGAGUCGGUGUCCCUGUUCACCCCCCACGUCUGCUACAAAACGUGGAAAAAAAAACCACCGUGUCUCUUCCGUAGGGCCUCAGAAAUUUCGCAGCCGUGCGUUGGAUGUGACACCACUUUUCACUGUGGAAGGUGCUGUACGCUACAUCGAUGUCAUUAAUGAACGUACUGCGUGGACGGUUGAGUGCGAUGGCUCUAUAAGUGUGCGGAGCAUUCCAAAGGGAAACGAAAUGAAACAAAUUUCAGGACGAAAAGGUGUUUUUUGUACCUGCCUUUUGUUUGUUGGAAAAACAGGAAAGGUGUGGGCUGCCUUCAGUGAUGGUUUUCUCCAGGUUUAUGAUGUAAACACCUUUUUAUUGGAGAAUACGUUUGUGCAGCACACCGGGGCGGUGGAAUGCAUCGUUGAAAUGGAAGAUCGUAUUUAUACAGGUGGACGUGACUGGAAAAUAUACCAGUGGAUUCCAGAGAUGUAUUGCUACGAGAGACAAUUCGCCGGUCAUGGGAAUACGGUCCGUUGUCUUUGCCCAUACACCGGAAGCACAGGGGCGGUACUCUUUACAGGAAGUGACGACGGAACGGUAAAGGCGUGGAAUCCAUAUCCAUCAGUGAAGCAGUCCAAAGAAAACAAUCCCUGCGUGCACACAUUUGUGGGGCACACACGAGGGGUCUUAUCUCUGGAGAUUGUGGCUCCCAAUAAUCAACUAUGGUCUGGUGGCGAGGACACCACCAUACGUGUCUGGGACCUUCAAACUUUGGACUGUGUCGCUGUGUUGGAAGAACAUAAUUCACCCAUUGCAUGUUUGUCUGUCGUGGAGCACCGCGUCUGGAGCGGCGAUAAGCAUGGCCGCAUUCUCUUGUGGGAUCUCAGGACCCUCUCACCACUGCAGGAGCUCUCGCGGCAAAUGCGGGUGGAGCAUAGGUCGGUGUUUGCCAUAAGAAAGAUGCUGCAGACCGUUGUUUGGAAGGUAUGGACCACAGGCUCUGCCGGCCACAUUCACUGCUGGAAUGCCGAGUCCAUGCCCCUGGUAUUUGACAGCGACACUCCCGGCGAGAUGUUGCCGCACACAGACGAAGAGAAUAUGCGGGCACUUGAGGUAGAUAAUGAGGCUCUUCGGAAGGAGGUUGCAAGGUUGACAAGGCAGCUGGAGAAGGAAAGCGCACAUGCCAUUUCAGAGAAAUUCAAUGUGAUGCAGAAUCAGCAACUCAUUAUGGAUACGAAUGACGGUUUAAGACGGCAACUUCGCGAAACGCAGCGAUUAGGAGCUGUUGGGAAUGGUGGCAACACAGAACAUGGAAUUCGGUCGCCGUAUACCGAAUUGGGGUAUCCACAGGCACCACGCCUUGAUUUAUCUAUGCCAUUCAGUGAUGCAUCACGCAACGGGGGAGAAAUAGGGGGAAACGAGAGGGGUGAAGCGCCUUUCUGGGAGCCAAUCACAAUGUCAAUUUAUCGCAAUGAUGUCACGCCCAUCAUUACAAAGAUUGAACAAUUUUUUCCAGGCAGUGCUUGGUCAGAGAUUCUGCAAGAUUACGAAAAUGAACUUCGCCAAACGUUUAUACGUGAAGCAGCUCAGGCGCUAGGAGUCCCUGAAGAAAAAUUGCAACAUGUAUCGAUGGAACCCAAUCCUCAGGGUCUUUUCGCCACAGUAAAAGUUCCGCACAGUUCGGACACAAGCGCCGAGGAACUUAAACGUCCUUUAAAAGCGCAUCCUUUUGUGCCGGUUCUCAAUCUGUACGGAGCAGCCUUGGCGAACAAAAACGAACGGCUCAAGGAAGCACUCAUUCAAGCACACAAUGAAAACCAAUCAGCAAGUCGAUCAAUGCAAGAUAAUCCAAAAACUAAAACAGACGGUCCCUCUGCCAUCAUGGAAAAAAAUGAGAAAAUAGCUCACCUAAGCAAUGAACUUGAUAGUGUUAAGCGACAAAACGUGAGGCUACAGAAGGAACUUAAAAAAAUAAAUGAACAGUUGGCGGCGAGGGAGGCGCCGAACCGCAUCAAUGCGCAGGAGGAGUACGACGCGCUGAAGAGUUUUGUGGAUAACUCUCUGAAGCCGUUGAUAUCGCGCCUGAAGCGCACGAACGAGGAGAAGGAACUUGACCUGCGGGCGAACGAGGAGCGCAUCCGGCAGCUGCUGCAUGACAAGGAGCAGCUUCAGAAACAGUUGGCGACGAGGGAGGCGCCGAGCCGCAUCAAUGCGCAGGAGGAGUACGACGCGCUGAAGAGUUUUGUGGAUAACUCUCUGAAGCCGUUGAUAUCGCGCCUGAAGCGCACGAACGAGGAGAAGGAACUUGACCUGCGGGCGAACGAGGAGCGCAUCCGGCAGCUGCUGCAUGACAAGGAGCAGCUUCAGAAACAGUUGGCGACGAGGGAGGCGCCGAGCCGCAUCAAUGCGCAGGAGGAGUACGACGCGCUGAAGAGUUUUGUGGAUAACUCUCUGAAGCCGUUGAUAUCGCGUCUGGAGCGCACGAACGAGGAGAAGGAACUUGACCUGCGGGCGAACGAGGAGCGCAUCCGGCAGCUGCUGCAUGACAAGGAGCAGCUUCAGAAGCAGUUGGCGGCGAGGGAGGCGCCGAGCCGCAUCAAUGCGCAGGAGGAGUACGACGCGCUGAAGAGUUUUGUGGAUAACUCUCUGAAGCCGUUGAUAUCGCGUCUGGAGCGCACGAACGAGGAGAAGGAACUUGACCUGCGGGCGAACGAGGAGCGCAUCCGGCAGCUGCUGCAUGACAAGGAGCAGCUUCAGAAGCAGUUGGCGGCGAGGGAGGCGCCGAGCCGCAUCAAUGCGCAGGAGGAGUACGACGCGCUGAAGAGUUUUGUGGAUAACUCUCUGAAGCCGUUGAUAUCGCGCCUGAAGCGCACGAACGGGGAGAAGGAACUUGACCUGCGGGCGAACGAGGAGCGCAUCCGGCAGCUGCUGCAUGACAAGGAGCAGCUUCAGAAACAGUUGGCGGCGAGGGAGGCGCCGAGCCGCAUCAAUGCGCAGGAGGAAUACGACGCGCUGAAGAGUUUUGUGGAUAACUCUCUGAAGCCGUUGAUAUCGCGUCUGGAGCGCACGAACGGGGAGAAGGAACUUGACCUGCGGGCGAACGAGGAGCACAUCCGGCAGCUGUUGAGUAAAUGCGGUCGAUCAUGGUCAUUGUGUGCCCUCAAUACUGGUGCAUUUUUUAUUCAUUCGGAGGGGAUGGAGAGUGAUCGUCAUGUUCUUUUGGACGCGUUGGUUGAAGCGGAGGAAAGUGCUCGUGUACGGGAGUCCGAUCUUUUGGCCCUGGUGGAUUCACUGCAGAAUGUGGUCGAUAGGUAUGUUGUAGAGAAGGAGAAGUUGGUGGCUAGAUUAGAGUCUUUGAACGGCGAGCUUAGUGAGGCCCUGAAGGAAAGAGAUAUGGCGAUGUCUGAUGGAAAGUUGUUAGAGGAGGAGUGUGCUGCUUUGCGAGAUCAACUGCGUGGGGAGCUUCUCGCACAGAUUCCCGUUGGUGAGCAAAAGCUUUUAGCGGCGUAUUUGGAUGAAGUGCAGCGCAGGCGGGAGUUGGAGAAGGAGAUGUACCGUGGCCUUUCCAAACGGGUUAAAGCAUCCUGGUGA